CGCGUGCUUUGGAAAGAAAGACGAAGGCUGAAAUAGCGCGUGGUGUCAGCAGCAGCCGAACGAGAGAACGCAAGCGUUCCAGGCUCAGACUUCUGCAGAUUCUGCUGUUACCCUGACCAGAAUGUACUCGCCCGGUCUCGGACCAACUCAUCAGCGAGGCAGGAGGGCUUUCUACCCGGCCACGUUCCGCAAUAUGGCGCCGUACGAGAACGCGUACCUGGACCACGACAUGUGUUAUCCCGUCCUGCCGACACCAUCGCAGGAUCCGUUCGGGGACUCGCCCAACAUGCUGUCUGGAAUGGUCCCCCUGUCCGACGCGGUGAGCGAUGGCUCCUCUCCGGAAUCUAACCACACUUCGUCAGCAAAUGGCUGCAACGGUGAAGACAGUGACGACAACAACGGGCCGUUUGCGAAGCUGCUGAACAAUGCAGAGAUUCUGGCAGACGACGACGGAGGCAGCGCCGACGAGGAGCGCAUCGUGCACAAGCAAGUAGAACGUGAUGCCGAGGAACCGCGGAGGCCCAUGUCUGCAUACGCACAGUUCUUCUGCGAAACUCAAGCAGCCAUCAAAGUGCAGAAUCCCCACGCCAGCUUCGGCGAGGUGUCGCAGAUGGUGGCCUCCAUGUGGGAGGGACUCGAGGCGGAACAGAAGCUGGCGUACACGAGGAAGACGAAAGCUGCCAAGAAGGACUACCGCAGGGUCCUCACAGAGCACAGGUCCCCGCUCUCCGCAAACGGCGCUGCUGAUCAGCUGGACAUAGACCGAAGAAGCGGGUACGUGAGUUCACCGAGCGCGAUGCGCACGCCACCAAGGGGCAGCAUGUCGCCUCUGCAGAACAACAACCCACUGCUGAGCUCUGUCAUGGACGAGGGCUCCCCGCGCAACUACAUGGUGGCGGCGUCUCCUGAAGACGUGCUGAGAACUCGGCAGCAGCAGCAGCAGCAUCCCAUGGCACUGAGCUCACCGUCGAUGUUCCAGAAGCCCAAGCAGGCGUCAGUGAUGUCGAGGCACUGCUCCCCUCAGGUGGCGAUGAAUUCAGCUUCACCUUCGUCCGCCUCCUGCGCGACUGCCCUGAAGCCUCAGCGGUCGCCGUCACUUUGCUGCCAGACCUCCGGCAGGGGUGUAGGUGUGCCAAACAACCACGGUCCGAUGCCUGUAGGACAUAUUUUUACCCGGUGCCGCCGCAACGGCUGCCCCAAUCCGCCCGUUGCUUCGCACGAAUGGGACGUCGAGUACUGCAGCAGCGAGUGCGUCAUCUUGUACUGCAAGAAUGUCUUCUCGGCCUGGGCAGCACAACGGCAGAUCACCGAACGCAGCCUUCAGCACUGAACCGAGCAUCGUCGCCGUGGCCCGUUGUUAAAAGAAGCCAAGCCUCCUCGAUCUCUGUGUGGUGACACUACGCACGACAUCCCGCUUUCUUCUUUUUUGCUUUUCUUUUUUUCUUAGAGCAUUCCUUCGCAGUGGCACUUCUUAUCUAUACAGCUGAUCAUUUGUUAUGCGCAACAUCAUUUAGUUUGGUUGCAUAAAAAGACGGCACCUUCAUUGUGCCCGUUCUACAGUGUGCAAUAAAGGGUUUGAUAGCCUUCAA